AUGGGUGAGGCUAGGUCGAAGGUUCCCUUGGAGGAACUGAGUAUCGCGGACACUAGAAUAAGGCGUGCGCAGACCGACGGUCUGCUGAUAGAGAUACAGGGAGAGGACGCCGGUACAAAGGCGGACUCUCUAGCGGAGAGGCUCAGCUCCCUCUUUAAAGAGCGAGAGGAAGUGAGGGUGAUACGCCCAAUUAGGAGAAUGGAGUUCCGUCUGGUUGAUUUGGACGAGUCCGUAACGGCCGACGAAGUCAAGGAGGCUGUCGCGGCGAGAGGAAGGAUACCACUGAGCGACGUGCGCGUUGGACCUCUGAGACCCAGAGGAGGAGGUCUCAACAGCGUGUGGCUGCAGUGCCCUGAGCCCUGCGCGGAGGUGAUCAGAAAGGACGGAGGACUGCGAGUGGGGUGGUCGCGAGUGCUUAUACCGCUGGACAAGAGGAGGCUUCAGUGCUACCGGUGCUUAGCGGUGGGACAUACCAGGGUCAACUGCAGGAGCGCCGUGGACAGGAGUAAUAGCUGUUUUAAAUGCGGGAAGGAGGGGCACAAAUUGAUCGGCUGUCGGGCUUCGCUGUGUGCGCGGCGAGGAAUUUGCCGGCUGGACAUAGGGCUGGUGGAGACGGUUGUGCUCCUUACAACGGCUUGGUGCGUGCGACGUUGCCGCUGCCGCGACCAUCCCUGA